CGCGUCACCUCCGGCUGCGCCCGCGGCGCGCGUGUGGGAGCGAGCGAGCGAGUGUUUACUUCCGGCCGCCGCCGCCGCCGCGGGCUGAGGGCCGAGCGUGUUGGGCGGCGGGCCCCGCGCAGCCAUGGACUGGCUCAUGGGAAAGUCUAAAGCGAAGCCCAACGGGAAGAAGCCUGCUGCAGAAGAGAAGAAGAUGUACCUGGAGCCAGAGUACACCAAGUCCAGAAUCACUGACUUCGAGUUCAAGGAGCUGGUGGUACUGCCCCGGGAGAUUGACCUCAAUGAGUGGCUGGCCAGCAACACCACCACAUUUUUCCAUCACGUCAACCUUCAGUAUAGCACCAUCUCAGAAUUCUGCACAGGAGAGGCAUGCCAGACGAUGGCUGUGUGUAACACACAGUACUACUGGUAUGAUGAGCGGGGGAGGAAGGUCAAGUGCACUGCCCCCCAGUAUGUGGACUUUGUCAUGAGUUCCGUGCAGAAGCUGGUGACCGACGAGGAUGUGUUCCCCACAAAAUAUGGCAGGGAGUUCCCCAGCUCCUUCGAGGCCCUGGUGAAGAAGAUCUGCAAGUACCUGUUCCACGUACUGGCGCACAUCUACUCCUCCCACUUCAAGGAGACUCUGGCCCUGGAGCUACACGGACACUUGAACACUCUCUACGUCCACUUCAUCCUCUUCGCCAGGGAGUUCAACCUGCUUGACCCCAAAGAGACUGCGGUCAUGGACGACCUCACGGAGGUGCUGUGCAGUGGGGGAGGGCACAGCGGGGGCAGUGGGGAUGGGGCCGGCAGCGGGGGCAGCGGGGCACAGAACCACGUGAAGGAGAGGUGAGCCCCCAGCAGACCAGGCGUGCACAUGUGCAGAGACGGUGGUGUGCGUGCCUGCAUGUGUCUGCGUGUGCACACGUGCCAGGCACACUGCGGGAGGUCUGAGAGGUGACGCUACCCCAAGCCCGGCCUCAUGGAGUGUGGGCUCCCCAGAUGCCCAUGGACCCGGUGCGUUUGACGGGCCACCCCCAGGGUUUUCCUGUUGGAUGGAUGCGUGCCGCUUGUCCGGACCCUUGGACUUCACUCGCUCGCUCAGCAAACACUUCAGGACUGCAUUCUGAGUUCCUCUGGUGGGUCUCUUCCUCCAGCUUCCGUGGCCUGGGCCCCUCCUGGAGGAAUUUGAGAGAAGUGCAGUGGGGAGCUCCUCCCAGGGGGCUGCUUUGUCUUAUUCUGUGUGUGGAGGUGGCUUGUUUUAUUUUGGAGAUUCCUCCCUGCCUCCCUCCACCCUCCCUCUCCUGGAACUUGGCUGUUGGCUCAGAGUGGGUGGGGAGGGUCGGCCAGGGGUGCCCUGAGUGCUCCCCAUCCUCCUGCCCCUGCUGCCGGGGGGGCUCCUCUGGUCGGGCUAGACUGCAGAUGCAGGUGUCAGGCCGGUGCCUGGGCAGAGACACAGCUGCCGGCUGGCAGCAGAGGGCAGAGCACAGCUCCUUGGGCCCCCUUGGCCCACCCAUCCGGUCAUAAUAAAAGGAAUUCUCUCAGGUCA